AUGGAUACAUCUACAUGGGAUUUACAAAUCACCGAAGAACUUGACGCAUUUUGUAUCAAAUUUGAAGAGAAAAUUGAAAGAGAACAACAACAACUAAAAGCUUGCAAGAAGAAAUAUGAACUAGAAAUGAAGUUAGCACAGGAAAUGAAAUUAAAUUCGGAGUUAACCCAGCAGCUAGAAGAGCUUAAUCGGCGCGGUGGAGAGCUGGAGCGAGUGUGUGCCACUUUUGAAUCCCUUACAAUUACAGAAAGCGAUCGCAAUCGGCUAGAUAAUGCCAAGGAAAUGUAUCAGGUGGCAAAGGAAAUGACAGGAUUAAGGCCGGACUUUAGUGCUCCGCUAAACAUCGCCAAAGGCUAUGUCAAGAAUGAAGCCCGAAGACUCCUCCAGGCGUUCGAACACGACGUCGGAGACACUGAAGCACUUUGGACGCUCAUUAAGAACACAGCUACCCAAGGUUGGCCGGUGAUAAACGAUAAAGAGAACAUGGUGCCCAAUUGA